AUAACUAAAGCUCUUUUAAUUUUUGCAUUGGGAGUAUGUAACUAAGGUAAAUUUGAGAAGUUAGCAAUUCUCGUCAGAAAUUGAUCUUAUCUUCUUAGGCUGUUUCUGCUACUAUGUGGACGGCGCUUAGUUGUCUUGUGGAAUAUUAAGACAUGCCUAAUUGACUAGGUACAGUGCUGUCCCUUUUUGCACUUAUAAUAAGGAAGAAACCCACUUGCUUGCUCCACAUUUAGGUUCUUUCUUCAGAAAGGGAAAAAUGGGGAUGGGAAUGCAUGUUAUCCUGAUGUGGAGCCUCGCGUUUUUCUUUGCCUCUGCUGUAUAUGCUAGAGAGGGCGAUGCCGUUUACUAUGAACCUCCUUAUACUCCGUCAGCAUGCUAUCAAAUGCAAGACAAAGGGCAGUGGGUGGCCGGAGUAAGGGAUGAAUUGUGGGAAAACAGAGCGGCAUGCGGGAGGAAUUAUAGAGUGAAGUGCAUAGGUGCAGCCUUUGGAAAUGGUAACCCUUGCAAGCAGCAACAGGGCAAUGGUGUCGAAGUUCAAGUUGUUGAUUAUUGUCGAGCUCCAUGCAAUGGAAUCAUAAACCUCUCUCAAGAUGCCUUCAAUAAGAUUGCUGAUCUUAAAGCUGGAAGAAUCAAAGUUCAAUUCGACCAGAUUUGAAGAUUUUUAACCAAAGAAAGACUUCCAAUUUCCAAGGGGCAGAGGUGGUGGUAUCCGUAGGGGAGAAUAUCAUCCAUUUGAUCGAAUAAGCUACCAAUAAAUCUUCACCACUUGUUAAGUUAUUGUGGCGUAUGCUUCUAUUAUAGUGUGUGCUUUGGCGGAUCCCGCAUGCAAGAGAAUAAAGUUUGAGCUAUCUAUCUAUUUUCUUUUUCUUUGGCAGUGAUUUAUUUUCUAAGUUUCAGCUCUUCCCUAGAUUAUUCCAAUAACAAUUUUAUUUGAAA